AUGAUCCAUCUGUUCACAUGUUCAGCACUCCUCGACCAAGGACUAUCUGGUCAACCAUUGCACAUUCCGGGCGGAGACUGCUCCAUCGGUCUGCCCACUCCGCUCCAUUUUGCCACGCAGAGCCCCUGUUGGACAGUAGACAAGACACUUUCUGUCAGUCCACCGGGCACACGAGUGCCGACGGCUCACGGUGAGCACGGUGAGCAGGGCGCCCUGCCAACAUUCUUUGGAGACGCUCUGGUCGAAUAUCUCUGUCGAGUGUUGACGGGUAGGAGUACCUCCAGCAGUCCGGGAGUAUCCAACAUCCACAAGUAUACAGUACCUCUCGUCGGCAUUUUCGGCCUGCGCAGUGCGCCGGCUGAAGGCCCACCGGUCUGA